GUGGAACAGGACGGACAUACACUGGUGGUCUGGGUAAGAGAGGCUAUUAAAGGGAAGGAAUCGUUGUUCUUGUCGAUUUCGGAUCAAGAAACUAAAAAGAUGUUGUAAAGAUGGUUAUGGAUUUUGGAACUGCUGCGGCAGUAGCAGACAGUAUUUUCUUCAACAUCUCUUUAUUCUUCUCUAUUAAAAAAUGUCAGCAUAAUGAGAAUUAUCGGGAACCAAUCAUAGAGGAUGAAGAGAAUACUGAAACUGGUUUGUUUAAUCUAGCUACCCAGUUUGAACCAGUACAAAAUAAAACUGUGUGGCAAUCUUUCUUUGGUUUAUUUUCCCCAUAUGAAGAUUCUGAAUCUGAGCAACAUAUACCCGAACAAACCAUUGAUACAACAUCUCCGUAUAUUUGCAACACAGUUAUAUUAGCUACGCAACAAGAAAGUGUUUACGCUGAAAUCUUAGUCCAGUGGUUGGUUGUUUUUGUUUUGUUGUUUAUUAUUUUGAUUGGCAGUGUUUGUGUCUUAUUUUUUACAUGGAAGAAACAAGUCAAAUCAAGAAUAAAGAAACCUAAAAGUAAGAUAAACCCAGGUGAACCCAUCACUAUGCCAUUGAAAGUCGAAGAAAUUCAUGCUUCCUGUUCUGACAUAACAGAAAAUUCUGAUGAUGUUAAUUCUACUGUAAAUGAAGAAAUAAUUUCCAAACCAGUUGUCACCCCUGGUCCAGUUCAGUUAACUUCUGGUAAAUUCCAUAUUCAUACAGAUUUGUUCAAAAAUGUUAAAAUUGAUGUGUUUUUAGAACAAACUAUUGACAGAUUCUUAUCUGAACUGGACAAAAAACUUGGCAUUGGGUUAUCCAUGUGUGAUGGAAUAUCAAAUACAUUGUCUGCAUCUUCCAGUAGUAACGGUAUUAGUAUGACAGGUCUAGCACUAACUACACCACGAAUUAAUAGAAGAUCCAUAGCUUGUACUACACGUCCUCGUGCACGACAAAAUGUGACAUCUCUACCAUUAGGCAUUGGGCAACAUGGAGAUGCAAGUUCAUUGCAGAGUUCACCUUGGUAUGAAGUAGAGGCUAUUAAUAACAGAAUGAAAUGGUCUAACCAGAAUUAUACCACUAAACGCCCAGACCUUCAUGAUAUUACAGAACCUAGAUUAAGAAAUGUUCUUCAAUCACAUCAGUCAUCUUGCCCAAUUAAAUCCGAACAGUUGGCAACAGCAACCUUUAUGGUGAAUUACAUUUUACUUCUGCUAGAAAAGGAAUUAGGCACUAUGGUGUCUGAUGAUGGAUUCCGUUUGGUAAAUUUUAAACCAUUUGGUAGCAUGCGUAAAGGUACGAAGAUCAGUAAAGCCAGCCAUUUUGAUGUUUUGAUGUUGAUGAACAGUAGUAAGAUUGUAUUAGAUAAAGCCUACCACCAUAAUGUCACUGAUGAUAUACCACCAGGCAGUGUCCUCAUAACAGCUAGAGAAAUUAAGCAGAAUGUUCGUCAUAAGAAGCUUUUAAAGAGAGCGUAUAUAGAUGAGAAUUUCCAUCAAGUAUUCUCACCCAGUGAAACUAUGGCAAAUGCCAGUGAAUUGAUUGACCGAGCUCUAACAAACAUAAUGACACGUUGGAAGAAAUAUAUGGACAGAUUGCCGUUUACACUUGGCCGAUCGUCGGCUCCAGAACUUUCACUUGUAUUUAAUACUCGUGUAUUACAUGGACUUGGAUUGGGUGUAACAGAAAUCAAUAUUUGUUUUCAACCAGCUAUAUCUCUUCACCAGAAAAAGUCUCUACUUCUUCCAAAAUUAUAUGCCGUUGUACCCAGCCAUUUAAGAGAUAUGCAGAACAAACCCUCUAUCCAGGUUCCAGGUCAGGGUUUGCGGAUAUUUCGACAGCCAGAAAAUUUGGAUAAAGAUCUGCUAUGGGACCUAUCUUUCUGUGAUUUAGAAACCAGAUAUCUGCAGGACAUGGCUGACAUAAUCCAAGACACAGGAGUUCAGUCUAGUUUUCUUGUCUGCUUACAGUUAUUAAAAACUCUUUUCUCAAACAGCAAUCGUACUUCAUUAUUAAAUCGUGGAGAAAUUGAAUCUUAUCACUUGGAAACAAUAUUGUAUUUUCUCUUGUUGGAGAGUACUCCAUCACACUGGACAUUCGAAAAUUUACCAAAUAGACUUUCAGAUGCCAUUCAUUUUCUACGCUCAGCUGUUCAAUGUCAGUGGUUACCCAAUUUUUUCGUUGCAAAUCCACACUUAAUGAAGAAAUGUCCAUUCUUAGAACACAUUCCAUUUUUGAAUUGCAGUCGUCAGGUUAAUCUGUUUUCGAAAAUGUCCUCUGAAACGAAAAGAAAAACUUUAAACUUUAUUAACAGUCGUUUGACAGAAACAGGUAUAUCGGCUGCACUGAAAGAUGAAUAUUCACAGGAUAUGUGGGAAUAUGAAUUUUUUAUAUUUGGUUAAAGUAUAACUUGUGGUGAAUGUAUAUAAACUGGUGAUAAUUUAUUCCCUAUCACAAUAAAUAUAAAUUUGAUGCCCAGGUAAGAGGUUUGGACUUUGGUUUUGUAGUUAAUCUCACCAUUUCAAAUUUUGUAAGUAUUUUAAGAAAAAUAUUUAAUAUUGCUACAAGUCAAUAAUAUCCAAUCAGUUGAGGUUUUUUUUUUUUUUUGUACUUUCUCUUAACUAAUGCUCAAAUCGGAACCUUUAUUCUGCAAAAUAUAAAUCGCCUAAACUGAUGUAGCUUGAAAUCAUCAUUAUGUUGUAACAAUGAGUUAAUAUCUUUAAAAAAAGAUUUCAAGUUGCUAUCAAGAUUUAAUGUUUUGUGAAUAAAGCUCAUGUUCUCUUGCCAAUAUUGUCUCUAACUUGAUAUGCUUUCGUAUUUUAUUUAUAAUGUAUCAAGUUAGAACUCCAAAAUCAGGAUCAAUGUUAGAAUUGCUCAAAUAUACAUCUAUUUGUUUUGUUUCUUUGAAGUUAUGGUCUAUAUUGUUUUUGUUUUAUAAUUUUGGAAAUAUAACAAUACAUGUAUUAAAUUACUUACCAUUGAAUAGUUGUUACCAUAAAAACCUGUUAUUGUUUGUAUUUACUUCAAGAAGCCUGCACAUAGCUCAUGUAGUGCCAGUCAUAUUUAUAUAUGCAUACAGCAUACCCCAUCUUGUGAUCUUCGCUAUUGAGUAAGAUCCACUUUAAAUAUAUAUCUUUUUAGCUGUAGCAAGAUUGAAUUAUAGCUAUGUCGGACAUAGUUUUAUAAGUUAUAUAAGUAAUAUUUGUAUAUUUAGUUACUUUUUCAUUGAGAUUUCCAGGAUUCUUUGUCUUAUUUUUGGGAUCAGAAUGUAGCUUUAUUUUAAGGUUUGGACCCUUGCGGAUGAUUAUUAUAUCUAUUUGUUUGAGUUUAUGAUGAUAAUAAUGGAAAACUUGCAUAAUUUAUCACGCAAAAUGCAGUUCCACUAGUCACAUUUAUUAGUUUUUAAACAUUAUUUUUUUGUUAUCAUUACUUUUCUUGUUUUGUUAAAUGCUUAGUAUUAAAAUACUAAUAGUCAAUGUUUGUUUAACUGUUAUAAGUAUAAUAGUUACAGCUUUUUUAUUUGUUAUAUGGGCUGUGUUCACAAAAAUGUACCAAUAACGAAUAUACCAGUACCCAAUAUGUGAUAUAAAAUUUUUGCAACUAUCAAAAAAAAUUAUAUAUAGUACAUCAGCAUGGAAGUAGCCUGCCUACCUUCUUUAUGACAAUAUUUUUGACAAAGUUAUUAUUCAAAAUAAAAUCAGUAUCAAAUUAUGUGGUCAAAAUGUCCAUUUUGUUACCAGGUAAAACCGCUCAUUCCCAACUUUGAAUUUGAAAAUCUCCUUUUAAAAUUGAAAGGUCAGUAAAAAUUACAGUGCUUUUCAAUUAGCCAUCCUGUAGCCCUGAAUAAUAGUACUAUUAGCUAUUAAAGAAGAAAUAGAAAUCGACUAUAUCAAAUAUUGUUUCUACCGACAUUAUCAUUAUCAAGUUCUUCACAAGGUGUCACUAUUAAAUCACAAAGUGGGUUAUGGUCAAGCAGGAAAAUUCCACAUAAUAGAAAGAAAAAGUAUAUAGAAAAGAAAAUCCAAACAAUUAAGUUGACCACACAUGGUGGUGCACAAAUUGUAUGUCUCUUAUGUUGGUCUGUUCCAAGUCAUAAAACACUUGACUGAUGGAGAUGUUUUUACUCAGAAAACCAGAGAAAAAGGUUGUCAAAGCACUCUGUGAAUAUCAUGCAUGUCUAUCAUAUCAUGCAGAAGUAUUUGAUUACUUUGUGAAACAGCUUGGAAGAUUUUUAGGAGUAUUUUUGGAUUAUCAUGUUUUCAAGUUUUUGGAUAGAAAAUGUCAGUUCAAUAUGGACAUGUUUGUGCUAUACUUCCUCUGGAGUUAUAAAUCAAUAGAAUACAGUGAAAAUUUCCUUAAAUACUUUUCAAAAUUUGUCUUUAGCUACCAUUAUAAACAGCCCAUAUAAGUAAGGUAUAAUAGUUAAUAUUUGUUUAAUUGUUAUAAGUAAUAGUUAAAGCUUGUUUAAGUGUUAUACAAUUAUAAUAAAGCUUAUUUAAUUUGUUAUAUAAGUAUGGUAUAAUAGUUAAUGUUUGGUUAAUUUUUAUAAGUAUAAUAUUUAAUGAGUUAAUUAAUUCCUGCUUUUCAACUUUUAAAACAUAUAUUUAGUCAUAUUAUAAAUGAUCUGAAAUUUGGUGUGUUGACCUUUUAUACUCCCACAUUUAUCUAUUGUUUGUAUAUUGUUGACACCCCUGUCCAUCCGCAAUUGCUUAUGGACAUUUUUGAAACUAAAGAUAUCAUAUGAUUGACUCAAAAUUUAUAGACAAUGUUUAUGUUCUUGUGAUUAGAAGCCUAUUUCAACAAUUUCUUUUCAUUCCCGUUCUGUCAGAGUUAUCACCCUUUUUAGGUUAAAAAAAAAAAUCCAAUUGUCUUGAAAUUUAUAUACAUGAGAAGAAAAAUCCUAUUCAUGUUCAAGUUGAUAAAUUUUAAAAAUCUUGAAAUUAAUACACAAUGUUUAUGUUUGUGAGACAAAGAAUCCUAUUUAUUAUGACUAUUUAUACAUUUGAAAAAACUUGUGGAUGCUCUAGGGGCUAAAGCUACUGUCUGAUUGACUUGAAAUUUAUAUGCAAGAUAUGAGAAUCCUAUUGAUUUUCAAUGAUUUCUGAUAACUCAAGUAGCUAAAUUUAUCUUCUGAUUAUCAGUCAAUGUUUUGUAUUAUAAAAUGUAAGCAUUUGUUUUGUUAUUCUUGAUAACUUUUUAGUGUUUUGUUAAUACCCUCAUUACCUGCAAAAGAAUUAAAAUGUGACAACCAUUUUGGACUGCAAGUGCUAGAAACCCUUAUUUGCUGUUGGGCAUAUGUUUUAUUGCCUGGCAAACCAUAUUUUUCAUUUCAAGCUGAAAAUGGUAUCUAGCCGUGAUAUUAUUUAUUAUUAAUGUGAGGACUGAGAAGUGUUCAAAUUGUUAAAGUAGUUGUUAUAUAUGCAACCAUGUACAUGUAUGUGCUUCCAUAUGUUCCUUCUAUGGGUUUAUGCUUUAAUCUAUACAGACUUAAAUUAUUAUUGUUAAAUUAUGUAUACAUAUUGCUUUAUUGCUUGAGAUAUUAGUUUGUUACUUCAGAACUAUUAAAAGAUAUAAUAGAUGGACGUGGUAUAAAUAGAAUAAUAUUGAAAAUUCUGUAUAGCAUAAUAAAUUGAUCAAAAUAA